GUCAUGGCAACAUUCGGUUACUUUGGCAACGUCGAAUGUCAAAACUGAGUCAGUACAAUUUUAUUCCUUGAAUGAAGAAAGAAUAAAAAUAUUUAAAAAAGCAAUUAAUGGCGGAAGUGCAUAUAAUUGGACAAAUAUUGAAAGCUGUUGAUUUCGACGAACCACAUUUGUACUGCAAGUGGAGUUUGCAGAGCGGUAACGCCUGGCGCUUGGUUCAGGGCGAAGUUCAGGGACAGACACACGUUGCCAGCCAUCGCUUGGAAAACUGCUCGGACUUUGCUCAGCCCCUGGACGUACAUUUGUGUGCCGCUGCAGUCCAAGGCUGGCCACGACUGCUCGUCGAGGUGUACGCCGUAAACGUUCUGCAGCAGUGCUGGCCCGUUGGCUACGGCUUUGCCCAUAUACCAUCCACCCCGGGCUGCCAUCGCCUGGAGAUAAACACCUGGAAGAUUGCACCAAGCACCUGGUGGCAGAGCAUUAAAGAACGAUUUGGUGGCGGCGGCGCCGCGUUGAGUAAAUCGGAUUUGCUCUUUUCCGGCGUAGAACGCUAUAAACUACAAACCCGGAGCUCUGGUAGAAUCAUUGUUGAACUGAGUUUAAUCUUUCGCAAAUUUGAGGAAUACGGCGUGGAGUUCAAGUAA